AUGUCCUUUCAAGAGAUUCCUAUACUUGAUUUACAAGAAGCGUUUGACGAAACUACCAAACCCCAGUUUUUAGUAAAAUUGCGGGAUGCUGUGAUCAAUGUGGGAUUCUUGUUGUUGAAAAAUUAUGAGUCAUUGGGUCCAACCAAAGAAGAACUAGAAGAUAUUAAAGAACAAGCUAUUGAGUUUUUUGCUUUGCCUGAACAAGUCAAGCAACGUGUUGAAAUGAUAAACAGCCCACACUUUUUGGGGUACACCAGAUUGGCAAACGAGAUCACAGCUUCUCAUACUGAUUGGAGAGAACAGAUUGAUCUUGCAACCGAAUUGCCAGCACUAAAAGCAGGUGAACCUUUAUACAGAAACAUCGAGGGACCCAAUUUAUGGCCAGAUCCGAAAGAAAUACCAAAGUUCAGACCAACGGUAGAAACUUUCAUUGCAAAGAUGACAACUUUGAGUAAUGCGUUCAAAGACUUGGUUGCAGAAUCUAUUGGAAUCGAUGCAAAGGUAUUGAAUGGGUAUUUCAAACCAAAUCAACAGUGCAAGAUGAAAUUAAUUGCCUAUCCAGAUGUCUCCCAGUUGAGAAACACUAAAUCUGUUGCUUUGGAUGAUACUCCAAGUACAAAUCAAGGUGUGGGGCCACAUAGAGAUUCUGAUUUGAUUACUUAUAUUUACCAAGCAAGCGAACACCAGAAUUCAUUGGAAGUUCAAAACUUUCAAGGGAAAUGGAUUACAGUUCCAAACAUUCCAGGACAUUUGGUAGUGAACAAUGGUCAAACAUUGCAGGCAAUCACGCAAGGUGUUGCCAAAGCGACAAUUCAUAGAGUAUUAAUACCAGAGGCUGGUUCAGGAACAAGAAUAUCCAUCCCAUUUUUUCUGACAAUUGAUUUGGAUAGUUCGAAGGCUGCCGUGGACAGCAUUCCUAAGGAAAUUCUCGAAUUGAAAGAUGAAAGAGAUCGGAAAAUUAAAGAUUGGGGUGUGGACACAGGGUUUCAGUUUGUUCCUGACGUGAGCAAAGAGCCAAUUGGUCAUGCAGUUUUUAGAAACAGAAUAAAGUCACAUCAAGAUGUUGCAAAGAGAUGGUAUCCCGAAGUGUUGGACGAAGUUUUAAAAGAAUACGUUUAUUAG